AUGUGCUCCCGGCCUCGCCGACCCUCUGGGCAGUCGAGGCGAGGCGUCGACGGCUUGAUUGUAACAAUCCAUGGCGAGUUUGAUGAGUUUGACCAGAAAACAAAUUCGACUGGCAAGCGGAGCUUCUCGCGAACCUUUAUACUCGGAGCCGGCGUGCCUGGGAAGAAUCCAAUUCGGGUGGUCAGUGACAUGCUUUCGCUGCGGGCCUACAGCCCACUUCCCAACAUAUUUGCGCCGGCGCAAAGCGCCACACCAGCCGCCCCCAACGCCGAGCAACAGCAGCAGGCCGCCAUGAUUGCAGAACUCUGCAAGCAAACGGGCAUGACUCCGCAAUACGCGGAGCUCUGCCUUUCCGACGCCUCAGUGGCUUGGAACUUUGAUAAGGCGUUGAUUGUUUUCAAUGAGCGAAAGGCCAACCUCCCACCCGAUGCGUUUGCCAAUCCAGGAAUCUAG